ACUGGUAUAAAGUAAUGGCGGAAGGAGUUCGGAGGCUUACAGGAAGAAGGUGCUUUCGAAAGUUGUUAUUGUUCUAUCAUCUAAUGCGCCGUGCCGCCACAUCGUCCAGGCCUGGAAAACAAAUAAAUGUUAUUUUCUGAAGCGACAGACUUCUGUAUACCACAGCAAUGACACUAUAGUUAUUAAACAACAAACUCGGUGUGGAUAAGUGCAGAGAGGAGAGAUGGCCAUCGCCCAUGUUGCUACAGAGUAUGUGUUCAGCGACUUUCUGCUGAAGGAGCCAAACAAGGCUCGUUACCACAGCAUCCGCACAGAGCUGGCUGUGGACAAGAUGGUGACCUGCGUGGCCGUGGGGUUGCCCCUCCUCUUUAUCUCGCUGGCCUUUGCUCAGGAGGUCUCAGUAGGUACUCAGAUCAGUUGUUUUUCUCCCACCAACUUCUCCUGGAAACAGGCUGGCUAUGUGGAUUCAUACUGCUGGGCGUCCGUUCACACACACACUCUACCUCUGUGGCUCCACAAGUUCUUCCCCUACAUCCUGCUGCUGGUGGCGGUGCUGAUGUACUCUCCCGCCUUGUUUUGGAGAUUUUCAGCAGCACCUCUCCUGCAGUCGGACCUCGCUUUCAUCAUGGAGGAGUUGGAUCGGUGCUACAACUGCGCCGUCACUCUGGUCAAGCGCUUGAAAACCUCUGACGGUGACCCCACCGAGGGCUGUUUCAACUACCCACUGUUGGAGAAGUUCCUGAUGACCAAGCGCUGCUCUCGGGUGCUGCUGUCCUACUACAUGCUGUGCCGGGGCCUGACUCUGGUCACCCUGCUGUGCGCCUGCCUCUACCUGGGUUACUACCUCCGCCUGGCCUCCGUCACCGACGAGUUCGGCUGCCCGCUGCGCGUCGGCCUGCUCGUCAACGACACCAGCAUCCCAGAGAGGGUUCAGUGUAAGCUCAUCGCUGUGGGAGUCUUCUCUCUGCUCAGUGCUGUCAACUUGGCUGUGUUCGUCGCCCUGAUGCCAGUGGUGAUCUACGCCAGUCUCCGCCCCCUCAUCUGCCAGGGAUACGCCCGCUUCCUGGAAACCUACCAGUUACUUCCCACUGUGACCACCCUGCCCUCCCCUGAUGGCCAAUGGGACGACCUCUCUCUGUACCUGCUCUACCUGGAGGAGAACAUCAGUGAGCUCAAGUCGUACAAGUACAUGAAGGUUUUGGAAAUGUUGAGGAAGCGUGGCGAAUGCUCAGGAGAAAACUUUGACACCGUGGGGUUGCUGCAGACCCUCUGCUUGGUGAAGAUGGAUACGGUGGAUGGGAACAAAACCGUGAGUGUCGCAAACAAACCGGCUGGAGUAAAGAUGGAGGCUGCUGAUGCAGCAGCCGGCCAUGGAGAAGCUGGGAACAACCUCAGACGUCCAAACUCUGCAUCUGGAAACGAGACCAAGAUAGAAACAGAGAUGCAAGAGCUCAGUCCAUUGCUGUCUGGAAACGAUGAGACGGGCAGUAAAGCUGGAGAAGGUGGGAGUCUUCGUCAGCGAGUGAUGUGAUUGGCUGGAUUGAGCUCCUCUUAAUGGAGCCAUAAAGAUGCUCUGAGGCUUUGGGCUCGUCGACACAGAACUGAGCCGUUUCCUGUUUUUUUGUGCAAGAAAAAAACUUGAUACUGAUGACAAAAGACUAAAUCUGUGGUUGUUUUUAGAUUUCACCGAAUUUAUUUUCUUCAGAUGUUGAUUGUUUUUCCAGAUGUGAUGGUUAAAAACGUUAGAAAAAAACUAUUUUUGCUCUUCGAUCAAGCUGUCACCAGAGGAGCUGCACUGACAGAAGGGCUGAAGAUCUCUGCUUGAAAUCAAAUCAUCUCAGUCUGAGUUUACAUGUCGACCUCUGACAGUUUAGAGACUUUUUGUGAGAAAAGCUGCUGUGCCUGAAUAAGGCUGUUUUUCAGACUGUAGCUGAGUUAUUGAUUGAAUCUGUGCUGCAGAUUUCAUCUUUUAUUCCUAACCUUAAGGUACGUCAUCGUAUCUACAGCCUGAGACAGAUUCUUCUGAGGAUGAAAGAUCUUAGAGGAAAACAACACAGUCAGUGAGGGAAAUGAAUGUAAAAUCUGCUCUUUAGAUUUCUGUGAAAUUGUAAAACCAAAGAAAAAGCAAAGUGCAUGUUUUUUUUUUGUUUUUUUUUCAAUUUGAGGGCCUAUUAGGGGGCAUUUAGUUUUUAUGGAAUGGUCAAUCACAUUUCAGGAUAUUUUUUAUGCUAUAAAUUAAGAAUUUGGUUUGUUUUUUGGUUGUUUUCUUUUUUUAGGUUUUACAUUCAUGAUUUUCAUUAGAAUAAUAUGAAUUUCUAAGGUGAUUUUCCUGCUGAAGCAGCGCAGAUCUCUUAAUUGCUACUUUAGGGGUUCAGAUGCAUGAAGCUUUUGUUUGGGGGUAGAUUUUCCUGCAUAAAAAGGUACAAAAUGUUCAUUACAUUUAUUAAAGAAUUAAAAUCCUUUUUGAAAAACGUACCUCAUGUGUGAAUAGUAUUAGGUUUUGGUGCCUUAAACUAUAAUGUACUAUAAUGUAAUAGCUAGACAUUUUUGAUGCUUCUCAGAAACAUGCUUCUAAUCAUUGUACAUCUUUUUAAUCGUAAGUUUGUUUUGUUCUCAGCAUGUUUUGAUAAAAUGGCUGCGGUGUCCUCUCUCUGUCUGCUCUUUUUAAGUGAAAUGUUUGUAUGAAAUUUGUUCUCAUGAUGAUGUUUACAUUUCUACUGGGAUGAAAGGAAGCUGACAAUUUUUGUAGUAUUUAAGCGGAAAUUACAAGUUUGGUGGUUUUCUAAAUGAGUAAAAAUGUAAUAAUGUCAUUUCAGCCAAAUGAUUGUGUUUUGUAGUUUCACUAUGAUGUUUUGGGUUAGUUGGGGAAAAAAAUGCAGAAGUUUCAGUUUUUGUAAAAUAUGGUCCAGUCUUUUUUUUUUUUUUUUUUUGUUUUUUUACACUUGGUGUAGGGAAUAUUGAGAUAAUCCAAUGCCCAACUGGGCAAUUAAAUAUGCCUUUUAACUUUCUGAAAUUGACUACUAAACAUUACUACAGCAUUAAAGAUUU